UUGAUGUUGUUCACUCCCUCUGUAAUCCCCUCCAUUGAUCUCGCUCGACAGGUUCUAGACACAUAAAAACCCUAAAAUCCCAAAAAACUUCCUUCUAUACGGAUUGGAACAGGUGGCUAAUCAAAAGCGGUACCGUUUUGCUCUGGUGGUGCUUCUGCUUCCCUCGCGCGCUUAUAUUUUGGGACACAGAUUUCCAAGUUCAAAAUUUGAAGGAAAGCGGAGAAUGUUCUAUCUUAGCUUAAUUGAGCACACAUUGCGUUUGCCUCCUCAUCUUCUUAACACUCCACUCGAUGAAGCUCUUAAGAUGGAGCUUGAAAAACUUUUCUUAGAUAAGGUUAUUGCAAACUUGGGACUUUGUAUCUCAGUAUAUGAUAUCAGGUCAAUUAAAGGUGGAUUUAUCUUUCCGGGAGAUGGUGCUUCGACAUACACGGUGGAGUUCAGAUUGAUAGUGUUUCGUCCAUUUGUGGGUGAGAUUAUUCUUGCAAAACUGAAAGAAUCAGAUGCCAAUGGUUUGCGCUUGUCCCUUGGAUUUUUUGAUGAUAUUUACAUACCUGUCCAUCUUUUGCCAAGUCCAAACCACUUUGAGCUUUAUCCUAAUAGUAGGACCCAAGGCAGGUGGAUAUGGGAGUAUGGAGAAGAAGAAAACCAAUUUGUUAUUGAUGGAGCAGACCAGAUCAAAUUUCGAGUUCACAGUGUUAUUUAUCCUUCAAUUCCUGUUGAGCAACCACAAAAUUCAAAGCCAUUUGCCCCUAUGGUGAUUACUGGUUCAAUCGAUUGUGAUGGUCUUGGCCCUGUUUCAUGGUGGGAAGAAGCGGAAGUACUUGAGGAAUAAUAUUGAGUUCCUUUUCAUUUUGAAUAUGGGUUUUGAAACUGGUCUUGAGCCUGUUUCAUUGUAUGAACUCGAACGUAUGAGUUUGGAAACUGAAACAGAAAUUAGCGGUUAUUUUAGUUUUCCCAUAAAGCUUCCUGUCUUCAGUGUAAAAUAUUUAUUCGACAUUGAGAUUGCACCAGAUGCUUAACUUGAACUGUCUUCUACCUGUUCUUUCAUU